UUGCAUUGAUGAGAACAUGAGGAUAAUUUCACCGUUCCCACCACAGUGAGUUCUGGCCAGUGUUGCGCAAAUUGUCAUCGAAUGGGCCAGGGGGACACCCUUGGAUACAAACCACAAAGACGGGCCGAGCCCAUCGAUGAGGAUAUGCUCCGCAAUACCUCUGCUUGCCGGUCACAGAGCCGAUAUACAUCUUACGGAGGACCCCUACCCAGUGCAUGUUCAAGGCUGGACGGCUUGACGACUCUCCCAAGACGCUGGCAACCAGAAGGCAUAUGCCCAACUAAAAGCAAACAGUGCAAGCCGAUCAAGAGUCUGUACUAAGGGCAAUGCCCCGAUCUUCCAGGCAGCGAACGAGAGUCUUUCAGCAAGAGAUCAGAAUGCAUCUUACUUCUUUCUGCUCGCUGAUAGCGGUAGUCUACAGUGUGUCAACACAUGUUGUAAUCAUUAUCGAGAAGGCCAUGCGAGAUGUCAUUGAACUGGCGCCCACUAUUAGACGCUGUGGAUUUUCCGCAAGUUUACUCGUUUGUGCAGCUUACUCGUUUGUGCAGCAGAAGGUUCCCGUUGUCCCCGCAAGGCACGCCCAGUCCGGACCUGGAGGGGUUGCCACCACAGAAAAGAAGGUUGUCAUUCGUCCCAUCUCAUCAAAAGGGAAGACAAGACGAAGACGGCGUGUGGCACCAGCCAUCGUCUCCCACCACCAUCCACCAAAGCUGCGAGCGCUGGGCUUCCGAGAGACGGAACUGAAACGAGCGCUCGCGGCGGGUUACCUCGGGCUCAUCCUACAACAACAGUCUCAGCUCAGCAGCGAGAACAGGAUCGGUCAAGAAUAGGUAGCAUACUACGUACGCAUGGCACGUCACGUAUCUUAGCAUAAGGUUGUGUUUGCAAUCUACCACCACGCUAGGGCUGGAUGACUAGCCAUCAAGAAAAUAGG